GCUCCUGGCCAGAGGUCGAGGGGGGAAGGACAAUGCCGAGGACGACGUCGGCGCCACUGGCGGCGGCAGCGCGUGUUCGCCCCGAUGCCCAGGCCGGACCGGCGAAGCCGGCCGCCGAGCGGCCGGCCGCUGCCGCCGCCCCAGCGGCCGAGGGGGAGGACAGCGAGGCCGUGCAGGCGCUGCUGCAGAAGCUGCUGGGCGCGAAGGACAGCGGGCUCUUCGCGGACUUCGACCUGGACGUCGACGAGGACCAGGCCUUCGACUGCUUCCCCGCCCCGGAGCGGCAGGAGGAGCGGGCCUGCGGGGAUGCCACGGACGCGAUCUUCACCCUCCCGAUCGACGGCGACGAGCUGGACGCGCCGGCACCCAAGCGGCCGCGGCAGCGCUCGCCCGCGCGGGAGGUCGCCAGCGGCGGAAGCGACGGCGCGGACCUCGAUGCGUUCGACUUCGAGGCCCAGAUGCCGCAGCCGUGCUGCGACAUCGUGCUUGCCGGCACGUCCGCGCCGUCCGACGCGCGGAGAGGCGGCGGCGCCGCGGCCAGCGGCAGCAAGCCCGCCACGGACUACUGGUACAACCCCACCGCCAACCGCUGGGAGCCGCGCGACGCGGCCCGCGAGGCGGAGGCCGCAGAGGCCGCCGCCCGGGCGCGGGACGCGGCCCUGCGGGCGGCGCGGAAAGGCAAGGGCGACGGCCGCGGCAAGGGCGACGGCAGGGGCCGGGGCGACGGCCGCGGCAGGGGCGACUGCCGCGGCAGGGGCGACGGCCGGGGCAAGGGCGACGGCGGCAUGAGGAGCUCGAGGCAAAUGCUGAACCUCGGCUACAAGUCUGACCUCUGCUGGCAGUUCAACAGGGGCUUCUGCCGGAAGGCGGAGAGGUGCUUCUGGGCCCACGGCAAGCACGAGCUGCGGAGCGGCGGCGACGCCGAGACGGCGGCCGAGACGGCGGAGACCGUGAGGAAGCGCGUGUUGGCGGAGUGCGUGGCCGAAGCCCGGGAGGACUCCAGGGACGGCGGCUGCGAGUACUCCCAGGCCCUGGUCGUGCGCAUCACGCUCCGCUUCGAGGAGAAGCCCGCGGAGCUGCUCUCAAGCAUGGCCGAGGCCGGACUGCCCGCCGGCGACGACCAGCGCACGACCGUGAAGGCCUUGAUGCGGUUGUGCCACCCGGACAAGUGCCGCCACCCGGAGGCCAAGAGGGCGGUGCAGGUGUUGCAGCCUCUCCUCACGAAGAGGUGACGAGGCGCUACUCCGCCAGGGGCUGGAAGGCGAGGCUGGGGCGCGACGCGGCUGGCCCACGACCAGGCCGCAAGUUGGAGGUGAAGGAUCGAUGACGGAGGACGAUGGAGCUCCCGUUCAGCGGUCGAUUUGAAGACCAACGAUAGCGAUGCGUGCUUCGGCGUCCGCACCCACGUGAGAUGGCGUCGUUCCGUCUGGGGGUCCAGCGAAGGCCGUGGACCGUAAGGGAGCAUACAGAAAGCAUUGGUUACGUGCAACGAUGCUGGCCUCCUGCCACCUAUCGCACACGUGAGCGAUGGAGGUGAUGGGUGGAUGGUUGGCGGACGUGUGUUGUUCACGUUCGUUGGUAUAUUGCACAAGUCGAGCGGUC